AUUCUUUAGGGUUAUAAUAUAUGUACUGUUAUUGGAUGUGUUUCGGAGUUUUUAGUGAUUGUUUUUGUUUUGCGACCCAGUUUACUACUACGGACAUUGAUUUAUUGCUUCUCUGUUGACCCUCUGUUUGUUAUAUGGUUUAUAAUACAAGAAAUGUCUAAUGAUAGUGCUCUUGCACGCGGAGAUCACAAACUCCAGCAUUGCCAUGAUAGUAAUGUUUGUGUUAGCUGUAGGACAUCUUUGUUUAGGUGUGCUCACUCUAUUCCCGAGGGUGCCGAAAGGCAAUAUAUUGCUGAAACAAUUACUCCAAGAGAGAUACCUGAAGGUGCUUUAAUAUGUUUUGCUUGUUGGGUACAUACUUGGCGUACAAUACAACAACAAGGAAUCAUAGCAGCUUCUACUGUUGUUAUGAAUAUGAAUGUAUGUGUAUGGUGCCGAUGGUCUCUUGCCCAGACACACAGCCACUCCAUACCUGAAGGACCUGAACGGACCAUAAUAACAGAAACAAUAUAUCCAAGAGAGAUUCCACCAGGCGGACUGGUUUUCUAUGCUUGUUGGGUAGCAAUAUGUAAAAAUGUGGAGCAUGCUACAAGGAUUGAGGAUAAUCGGCAAACUCCAACCCCAUCUAGCCUUCACCAAGACUAAUGUAUGCAUGGUGUAGAAUGUCUCUACACUGAAGGCUAACACACAUGGCUAGUGGUCCUGUAAGAGAUAAAGUUGCAGCAAGAAUUUACCCAAAUCAGUUACCAGAACAUGUGCUUAUUUGUUCCAACUGUUGGACACAUGCACAGGAAAAUAUAGGAAUAGAGCAAGAAGUUGUGCAACAAAUUGAUAUGCAGACACCAAGUGCAUCAAUAACACUUGAUGGUUUUACACACACAACACAGAAGUGCUCAUUGUUUUGUUCCGGCUUGUAACAAUGUAGAACGAAAUAGAGUGCCGGAAUACUCAAGAAAAAUUAUAUAUAUUUUAUUAUUAUUAUAUAUAAUCAAUCACAGAAUAAAUUAUUUAAUUAAUAGGAAUUUAUUAAUACCCGAGGGCUUGUUUGGAAACAGAGAGGCAAGAGUACCAAUAAUAAUAUGUGAUGGUACCUAUAUAUAUCUUCAAAAAUCAUCCAACUACUUGUUUCAAAAAUAAACUUAUAGCUUGCACAAAUAUAGAAACCUUGUUAAACCUUUUCUCAUUGUUGCCACUGAUGGUUACAUUAUUGAUAUUUUGGGGCCCUAUCCAACAACCAAAUCUGAUUAUGACACCAUGAAAACUUUGUUCCAAAAUGAAAAUGAGGGUCUAAGGGCUUUUUUUUCAGCCCAAUGAUGUUAUAAUUAAUGCCUUCCAUCCAAUGAUUGAAAAUAGACCAAAUGCUGUAGCUAUACUUGCACAAUACAGAGUGAAAAUAUGCUCAACCGUUUAGCAGAAUUUAUAAUUGCUAACCUGAUCAACCGCUUUAGAGCCCAAUUCAUAAAAAUUGAUGGUCAACUUCCAGAGUUAAUUAUUUUGUCUGAGUUGAUACUUUUUGGGCUGGGUACCUAUCAAAUAAAAUUGGCUAGAAGCUAUUUCGGGGAACAUAUUAGGCAACAUGGAUCAUUUCAGGUAGAAGUAUCGGACCAACUGGAAGUAGUAGCAGAAGCAACCCCAUCCCAACUUGAUCCUUUUUUUAAUAAAAGCCUGUAUAAAAACUCGACAGCUCAGGACGAACAUAUUAUACCUACAUAUUGCUGGCAAGGGAAGAAUCAAGUGGGGAUGAUAAAAUAAUUAGCUAUUAUUGUAAUUGUAUCUCCGGACAUCGGACAAUGGGUUGCUGUGCUCAUGUCAUGACCACUGUGUGGUGUUUGGGUUGGGCUCAGUACCAAGAGAGCAUAGAAGCACCGGUGUCAUUCCUGGAUGGAAUAUUAAUAAGGGAUGAUGUGGAAAACGAAUGAAAUCAUAAGUUCCAACAAGUUGUUUUAUUUAUAUACCUCUCAUGACUGAUUUCUCGCGUUUUGAUGUCGCUAAUACUAGGAAUUAUAUAACAUAGAACUUGUUUGAAAAAUUGAUAGUGUUAAGUUGGGACACUGGGCUAGCGUGGUGGAUUACACAGUCCAAUCCCUCACAGAAAGGAAGUAUAUGUCUCAGCAGUGGGAACAUUAUAGGCUGAUUAUGCUGCUCCUGCCUAAUUGAAUUAAAAUAGUUGGUAUCUUCUCAGCUGUUACUGUGUAAUAGGAAUAGUUAACUACUUUAACAAUAACUUGCAGUUGUCAGAUACUGCACAGCUCACUACUCGCCUAUGAAUUAUUGAAGUCCAGAAUAUAUUGAUAGGCACUAAAGAAUGAAGCAGCAGGAAAGUGUUAAUAAACAAAAUAACUUUCAAGCCUUCGUUUCAUUUCGAUAUAACCAAUCUCUAACUACUCUAAUAGGUGAUAUAAGAUGUGCUGCCGCAAUCGAGUUGAAUAUCCUGUAGUCUUAAGUUUAUCGUAUCCAUCCAAGAUUUUCGAAAUUCGUGUUGUUUUAUUUAUUGUUGAUAGUACAAUACACGUCAAUCAAAUGUUAAAUGUCAAAAUGACAUUUCGUGUUUUCUAUACUAAGUCUAUGGUUUUCUCUGUAUGAUCCACCAUCCUUGACUAAGUUAAUUUGAAUGUACAUUGAAACGAAGUGAAAUUAAAGAAAACUAACAAUAAAAAACGGUUACUACAUUAUAUAGCGGUAUUUACAUAUAGUGUACAUAAUGCUAGCCCAGGCUCCAUACAUUUCUGGAACAUCUCCUUUGUAUGGCAGUUUCAUCCCCCUGCCCGUGACCACGGGUGCUGGAAAGCACCCGAAACGUCGGGAAUAUAUAAAAAUAAGUUAAUAUACGCGAUAAAAUCCGUAAAAUUAGUUUUAUUUAAAAAUGUGUAGUGUUCGCGUAAAUAUAAGAAAUCAUGACUUGACAUUGGCAGAAUUCUUAUAAGAGAAGCCAAAAAGUAAAGAAGAAGAAGAAGACACUCGAAAUUUUUCACAGACUGAACUUCUAUGGCCGGUAUAACAAAAAAUAAUAAUAAAUCAAAUUAAGUUAUAAAUUAAAGGAGGUCCCUAUUUCUUGUUGCAAAAGUAUUCAAAAAAGCAGUGCUUAAUAUUAUAAGGUGGUAUGGAACCUUUUAUGUGCAUGUCUGACUCGCAUUUGCUGCUUUUUUCUAAUAUUAGUAGGAUCAUUGGAUAAGAUGUCAAUAUUGUUAUGCAUCAUUCUUCAGGAAAAAUUAUUUUAGAUCUUUAAAUUUUUCAAAAUAAAAAUUAAAAGUUGUCUUUCUUUUUUUUUCAGAGAACUACCAUCAAUUUCCACAUCCAGAAAUGAAUCCUGACCGUUUCAAGGCUUGGGUUCAUAUAGCUGGUGGGAAGUUAGAUAGUCCUGCUGAUUAUGAACUGUUUAGGAAGAAGGUCAUCUGUGAUAUCCAUUUUAUCGGUUGAAUUUUCUAGCUGUGCCAUCACUUCAUCUUCCUGGUAACAUUUACAUAAUUUUCAACUAAGGGCAUUAUAACUUAUUACUAAUUAUUAGAGAUAGGAUGACUUUGACAUUGGCCGACUAGUUGGCCAAGCCAAUCACUGCUUUUGGCUGAGUUUGGUUGGUAUCUGCAACAACGGCGGAUCCAGGGGGAGGGUCAUGGGGGUCAUGACCCCCCCCCCCCCUGAGCUGGUUCCAGGACUUAGGGGGACCACCAAUUGAACAUAAUGAUUUUAUUGAUAUAUUUUGUCACCAUACCAUUUUAUGUAACUACAUACCUUCAAUAUUUAAUUAAUUUAAUAUAAUAUAGUAUAAUAAUUUUGUAUGAUGGCAAACGUUUGGGAACGAACGUAUCGAAAAUUUGAAUUUUACCGCGCCACACUUGCGCGCGCUUGUCGACUACGUAACGUAGACCUAACCUCAAUCGGAAUCGGAACGACUAAACUUCAACAUAUUAUAACAUAGUUCUAAGUUAAAAAACUAAAAUUUCUUACCUAUAAUGUGUUCAUAAGUGUACCCUUAUAAAUAUUCUUAAAAAUUGUUGCUGCACAUUCAUUAAUUACAAGAAAUGGCAAGUAAUCAGUUUCUCAUUAUUCCAGUGCGUGUGUUUAAACUUAAAUGUUAUUGUUGUUAAUGUUCAUAAAGUACUUCAUAGGUAGGUGUGUGACCUACUUACUGAAAGAGUGCUGCGUGACUUAUGUACCAACCUAUAUACUUUUUGGACGAUGGAGUUUGAAGAGCAUCAAGCUUACUGACAUAACCUAAAAUCUUAGAUAAAUUCACACAAUGAAACCAAGUGUAUCGUCGUGACCACACUGAUUUUAAUGCUCUUUAAAAAUAAAAUAAUAGAGCAACCAAGAGAAUGAAUAUAGCAUGCAUAAAAACUGUGCUUUGUUUGUCGGAGCUCCUGGAGGUUGUAUACAGACAUAAACACCUUUAUGUCGACUCGUAAAAGAACCAUGUAAAGCUUUCGAUAAUUUGCUAGGAGAAAAUGGUGUUUGGCUAACACACCAGCGAAACAAAUACCACGAAUUAGCUAUCGAAGCAGGGAAGAACUUUUUAUUGAGUUUUCAUAAACCGGAAAUUAACAUAAUGAACCAAAUAAAUAGUC